AUGGAGCCCGACCAUUGUGCACUGAUAAGCACGAGUAUUAAUAUAGAAAACGCUUACUUUGGUGAUAUCAUUCUACCUUCUGUUAGUAGCAUCGGUAUAUCGCUUCAAGUCGUGACCAUGGGUGUUGUCUCUCGAAACUGGUUGUAUGUGAAAAAAUUCGACGGAGAACCUACGAACAAAAAUUUUCAAUUGAUCGACGAAGAACUACCAGAACUUCAAGAUGGAGAAUUCCUCGCCGAGGCAGAGUACCUCAGUGUGGAUCCUUAUAUGCGCCCGUACAUGAGUAGAUUUCCUGUCGGAAGUCUGAUGAUUGGUGGACAGGUUGCUAAAAUUGUGGAGAGCAAGAAUUCAAAAUUUCCAGUAGGAGCGAAGAUUUUUGGACAGUUUGGAUGGCGAACGCACACUGUGUGCAAUCCUGAAAAAUCUCAAAGUGACAAACCGUACCUGCUUCCUGACUUCGGAACUCUGCCAGCAAGCUUGGCCCUGGGUGUCUUGGGUAUGCCAGGUAAUACGGCAUAUUUCGGAUUUCUAGAGUUGUGCUCCCCGAAGGAUGGAGAAACUGUCGUGGUGAGUGGAGCAGCAGGUGCCGUAGGAAGCAUUGUUGGCCAAAUUGCCAAACUAAAAGGAUGUCAAGUGAUUGGAAUUGCCGGGUCAGAUGACAAGUGCAAAUGGCUCAAAACGCUUGGUUUCGAUCAUACGAUCAACUACAAGACUGAAAACGUUCUCGAAGCGUUGAAGAAGGCUGCUCCUAAAGGAAUCGAUUGUUAUUUCGACAAUGUCGGUGGAACUAUUACCGAAUCGGUGAUGCGGCUCAUGAAUCUGUAUGGUAGAAUUUCAGUUUGCGGUACGAUUUCGAAUUACAACUCUGGCCCGAUCACGGUGCAAGAUCCACAGAGAGAUUUCGUGUUCAAGCAGUUGAAAAUGGAAGGAUUCAUUGUCAGUCGUUGGCGCGAUCGUUGGAUGGAAGGCAUUCUGGCAAAUUUGGAUUGGAUAAAGCAAGGAAAACUUCAAUAUGAGGAAACGGUUACAUCAGGGUUUGAUAAUAUGCCCAAAGCAUUUAUGAAUAUGCUGAAAGGUGGUAAUACUGGGAAGGCUAUAGUUAAAGUACAAUAAUAAAUUUGUAUUUAGUAUGUUUGUAUCAAUAAAAAGGAUUCGCAGUAUACAUGAAAUGCA